AACGGGCAACUCUCCGGUUUACUGGCUUGCCUCUCUAACCACUAACUACCUGCCACCCCACAAGGAGGAUUAUAGCUCAAAAAAAUAUUUAAAAAAGACAAACUUUCAGCGUGUUUUAACUUAUCAUUUGGUGUCUCAAAGGGAAUUGCACCAAGGAAGAUUAAGGUAAUAGGUUUACCUCUACUGCCCGUCCCUCCCUGUGGAGAUGCUCGGCUCUAAUGCUUCACAUGGGUUUCUGUUAAAGGAAUUAUGGCCACCUUGUAUACAGUAUUAGCUAUAGCUUGGCUAUUCUAUAAAGUAACUCCUGCCUCGACAUCUUGUUUACCCGGCUGCUCUUGCACAAAUGAUAACUUGGGAAGAUCCUUACUUUGUAUGGAAACAGCCAUGGGACGAAUCCCAGACAACGUCCCAAAUUAUUUCAGUAAAAUUCGAAUAGAAAAUUCCCACCUGACCGAAAUACCGAGCGGCUCCUUCUCUAAAGUCACUGCCUUGGCGUCUCUAUGGUUGAAUUUCAACGACAUCACCCUAAUGAACAUCAAGAGUCUGGAGGGGCUGACGAAUUUAACGGAACUGCGGCUCCAGGGAAACAAGCUGCGUUCAGUCCCAUGGACAGCAUUCCAGGACACGCCGAACCUGAACAUUUUGGACCUGAAACUCAAUCGACUAGACGUGCUCCCGGAAUCCGCCCUGAGACAACUACCGGGCUUGACCUAUUUAGACUUAUCCUUCAAUCAGCUUACUGUCAUAUCCAGGGAUGUCUUCGUCAACUGGCCUCUCCUCAACACUCAGGAGAGAAAAGGACGUAAAGAGGCCAGCAGUGGAGAGGCCAACGUUGUUUUAGCGCUGCACGACAACCCUUGGCUGUGUGACUGCCGCCUCAAAGGUUUCAUUGAGUUUAUCAAAACCAUUAGUCCACCUCUAAUUCUGAUGAACUCGUACCUGACGUGCACAGGCCCCAGUUCCAGGACGGGAAAGUUCUUCCACGAAGUCGGUUUGAAAACAUGCAUGAAGCCCGAGGCCUCAGCCACAGAAAGCAACAUGACGGUGUCACUGGGGGACAAGGUAACCCUCCAGUGCUUAGUCAAAGCCAGGCCUGAACCCUCCAUCCAUUGGUCAUACAACCUGAAGAUUAUAAAGGGAUUUACUGUGGCAGAGACCCGUGUGGACGAUGAGACCAUCAGAUCUCAACUGGUCAUCCCAUCCAUGCACCUGGAAGACCGAGGCGUCUACACCUGCUUCGCCAACAACUUUAUCGGCAACUUCUCCGUCAGUUUCCUGAUCAACAUCAAGUCUUUCAACGCCUCCUCCUCCUCCGGCGGUGUCGCCAUGUCUCGUCCCCCGUUCCCCCUGUCCUCGGCCGACGAGAACGUCUACAUUGACAUCCGCAUCUCCAAGCAGACGGUCUACGGCAUCACUCUGGAGUGGUACGCGGCGACGGACAACCCUGCAGAGACCUGGUUCACCAUCCACUUGGGGAAAUACCACUCUGACAAAAAGGAGUUGACAUACAUUGGGCCGGGCAUCAACACCUAUGAGGUCAACGACCUCCUACCGGUUACUAAAUACGAGGUGUGUGUGACGCUGAAGAACCAGACACCCCGCGCCGGUCAGUGCAUCGUGUUCUUAACAGGAAGUGACAUCAGCCAGCUGGAACAACGGGAGAAGUUCAUCCAUAUUAUCGUGAUCAUGUGCGCCAUGGUGCUGGCGGUGCCCGUGGGGAUGUACGCCUGCACCACCGACACCAGAUGUACGUUCAGCUACGUGGACCGCUGUACGGAGCAGUGUAAGAGGAGGAGGAGGCAGGAGAAGACCCUGAGGACCAAUGGGGAGAGACAGGGGACCUUCGACAGCCUCCAAGCCGCCAGCGAUGAAGGACUCUGUCGUGACUCUGAAGAGUUGAUGAUGAAGAGGAGGUCCUCCCAGGAUAAAAACAACCACAAGGGCAGAGUACAAGAUCCACAAGAGACAAACAUUGGAGCAAAGCUUUAUUAGCUCUAGGUUUAACGUUUAAAAAAUGAAAAAAUAAAAUGUACAAAGAUACCUAGUGGUAGAAAUGCAGAGCAGUCUUCUGUGAAGUGAAGCUUCAGGAAACACAUCUGUAAAGUUACAAGUUAUGAAGACUGAAAUGCCUUUCUUCCAUGACUGUAGGGAAGUAUUGUAUUGUUUUUAUCAAAAUGGCCUGUCUCUAAGUAAUCAAAUGUUGUUGUUUUUUCAACUUUAUAUGCUGUACCUUUGGGAUAUGGUGUUUUUUCUUAGCUUCAUUGUUCUUCUCUGUUUUAAAAGAAAUAACCAAUCUGGCAAGAAAUCACGAAUGAUGCUUCAAAACAUUUCCUUGUCUUCCGAAUGUCAUGAACUGUAUUCUGCUCAUUGAAAAUAAUUAUUUCAGAGCCACACUAAGUUCAGUCAAAUAUACAAUAACCAUGCCUUUGCACUAUAACCUUUGUAAUGAAUGAGGCUUCUUUGCUAUUGUUUUCCUGUGGGAUAAUGGGGAUUAGAGUUGGGGGUGAAGCUGGACACUAUAGACAGCAGGGUCCUAAUAGCUCCCUACCAAAAUCCCAUAGGUACUGUAGGUCAAACGUAGUGCCCUACACAGAGAAUAGGGUUCUAUCUUAACCAUGUCUCUCAGUGACAAUAAGGUUCUAUAGUUAGAUCUUAACCAUAUCUCUCAGUGACAAUAGGGUUCUAUACUUAGAUCUUAACCAUGUAUCUCAGUGAGAAUAUGGUUCUAUACUUAGAUAUAAACCAUGUCUCUCAGAGAGAAUAGGGUUCUAUAGUUAGAUAUUAACCAUGUCUAACAGUGAGAAUAGGAUUCUAUACUUAGAUCUUAACCAUGUCUCUCAGAGAGAAUAGGGUUCUACUUAGAUCUAAACCAUGUCUCAGAGAGAAUAGGGUUCUACUUAGAUCUUAACCAUGUCUCAGAGAGAAUAGGGUUCUACUUAGAUCUUAACCAUGUCUCUCAGAGAGAAUAGGGUUCUAUACUUAGAUCUUAACCAUGUCUCAGAGAGAAUAGGGUUCUACUUAGAUCUUAACCAUGUCUCAGAGAGAAUAGGGUUCUAUAGUUAGAUCUUAACCAUGUCUCAGAGAGAAUAGGGUUCUACUUAGAUCUUAACCAUGUCUCAGAGAGAAUAGGGUUCUAUAGUUAGAUCUUAACCAUGUCUCAGAGAGAAUAGGGUUCUAUAGUUAGAUCUUAACCAUGUCUCUCAGAGAGAAUAGGGUUCUACUUAGAUCUUAACCAUGUCUCAGAGAGAAUAUGUUUCUAUAGUUAGAUCUUAACCAUGGCUCAGAGAGAAUAGGGUUCUACUUAGAUCUUAACCAUGUCUCAGAGAGAAUAGGAUGUCUCAGAGAGAAUAGGGUUCUAUAGUUAGAUCUUAACCAUGUCUCUCAGAGAGAAUAGGCAACAUGAGAUCUUCUCUGAGUGACUGCAUUAGAUUAUCCUUUCUGAUAUCUAGUUUUUAUACAAUACCAAUCAAAAGUUUGGACACACCUACUCAUUCAAGGGUUUUUUUUUUUUUUUUUAUAAAUUUGUUCCACAUUGUAGAAUAAUAGUGAAGACAUUACAACUAUGAAAUAAAACUUAUGGAAUCAUGUAGUAACCAAAAAAGCGUUAAACAAAUAAAAACAUAUUUUAGAUUCUUCAAAGUAGCCACCCUUUGCCUUGAUGACAGCUUUGCACACUCCUGGCAUUCUCUCAACCAGCUUCACCUGGAAUGCUUAAGGAGUUCUCACAUCUUGGCUGCUUUUCCUUCACUCUGCGGUCCAACUCAUCCCAAACCAUCUCAAUUGGGUUGAGGUUUGGUGAUUAUGGAGGCCAGGUCACCUGAUGCAGCACUCCAUCACUCUCCUUCUUGGUCAAAUAGCCCGUACACAGCCUGUGGAUGUGUUGGGUCAUUGUCCUGUUGAAAAACUAAUUAUUGUCCCACUAAGUGCAAACCAGAUGGGAUGGUGUAUCGCUGCAGAAUGCUAUGGUAGCCAUGCUGGUUAAGUGUGCCUUGAAUUCUAAAUAAAUCACAGACAGCGUCACCAGCAAAGCACCCCCACACUAUCACACCUCCUCCUCCAUGCUUCACGGGCGGGAACCACACAUACAGAGAUCAGCCAUUCACCUACUCUGCGUCUCACAAAGACACGGUGGUUGAACUAAAAAUCUCAAAUUUGACCAAAGGACAGAUUUCCACCGGUCUAAUGUCCUUUGCUGAUGUUUCUUGGCCCAAGCAAGUCUCUUCUUCUUAUUGGUGUCCUUUAGUAGUGUUUUCUAUGUGGCAAUUGGACCAUGAAGGCCUGAUUCACGCAGUCUCCUCUGAAUAGUUGAUGUUGAGAUGUGUCUGUUUACUUGAACUCUGUGAAGCAUUUAUUUGGGCUGCAAUUUCUGAGGCUGGUAACUCUAAUGAACUUUUCAUCUGCAGCAGAGGUAACUCUGGGUCUUCCUUUCCUAUGGCGGUCCUCAUGAGAGCCAGUUUCAUCAUAGCGCUUGAUUGUAUUUCCGACUGCACUUGACGAAACUUUCAAAGUUCUGGAAAUUUUCAGUUUUGAAGUAAUGAGGUACUGUCGCUUCUCUUUGCUUAUUUGAGCUGUUCUUGCCCUAACCCUAACCCUAACCCUUACCAAAUAGAGAUGUCUUCUGUAUACAAACCCUACCUUGUCACAACUCAACUGAUCGGCUCAAACGCAUUAAGAAAGAAAGAAAUUCCACAAAUUAGGCACACCUGUUAAUUGAAAUGCAAUUCAGGUGACUACCUCAUGAAGCUGGUUGAGAGAAUGCCAAGAGUGUGCAAAGCUGUCAUCAAGGCAAAGGGUGGCUACUUUGAAGAAUCUCAAAUAUAAAAUAUAUUUUGAUUUGUUUAACAUUCUUUUGGUUACUACAUGAUUCCAUAUGUAUUAUUUCAUAUUUGUGAUGUCUUCACUAUUAUUCUACAAUGUAGAAAAUUGUAAAAAAUAAAGAAAAACCCUUGAAUGAGUAGGUGUGUGUCACGUUCUGACCAUCGUUCGUAUGUGUUUUCCUUGUUUUAGUGUUGGUCAGGACAUGAGCUGGGUGGGCAUUCUAUGUUGUGUGUCUGGUUUGUCUAUUUCUAUGUUUGGCCUGAUAUGGUUCUCAAUCAGAGGCAGGUGUUAGUCAUUGUCUCUGAUUGGGAACCAUAUUUAGGUAGCCUGUUUUGUGUUGGGUUUUGUGGGUGAUUGUUCCUGUCUCUGUGUUUUGCACCAGAUGGGACUGUUUUAGGUUUUCUCACGUUUGUUGUUUUUGUUAGUUAUCUCAUGUGUAGUGUCUUUAUAAAUUAAAGAACAUGAACAACCACGCUGCAUUUUGGUCCGCCUCUCCUUCACCUAAAGAAAACCGUUACAGAAUCACCCACCACAACAGGACCAAGCGGCGUGGUGACGGGCAACGGCAAAAGCAGCAGCAGGAGAGGCAACAGAGGCAACAGCAGCAGGAGCAGCAGCAGCAGUGGGAGAGGCUGCACUACUUGGAGAAAUGGACUUGGGAGGAGAUCCUAGAUGGGAAAGGACCCUGGGCAGAGCCAGGGGAAUAUUGCCGCCCCAAAGCCGAGCUGGAGGCAGCAAAAUCAGAGAGGCGACAUUAUGAGGAGCUAGCACGGCAGAGUGGAUGGAAG